UUUCGCGAGCGAUCGGGGAUGAGGGGAUGCCGCCUGUGAUUACCUAUGAAUUACAAUUUUUAAGCGGUUUUUGUGAUAGUUCCCGUUUGUGAUAAUCCGUAAUUUAUUAGCACGUGUUAUUUUGUACUUACAGUUGUUAGUUGUGAGCUUUGUUACAUAUGGGUGUCUGGCAAUUAUGUGUACCAGUACUACCACUUUAAUUGACGCAAAUACGUUAAUGAAAGAAAACGCUUAACUGAUCCGUUAUCCAGUAUGGUUUGAAAUAGUUGCUGUUGAUGGACUGACACGCAUUUGUUGAGCAACUGCUUGCUGUAUAGCAUACGCUGGUACCGAUUUCUCGUUCGGAAUUCUGGAAUCAAUGUCGACCAGAAGCGGUACUCUUGCCCCUGUUUUCGUGGUGACUCCUCAGCUUCAUCAAGAAGCGCGCACAGUUACAGUAGAAUGUCAAGUCAAAAGUGAUCCAGCACCGGAUGCUCACUGGUACCGGGACAAUCAGGAAUUAACGCACGGUGGUCGGGUGAUAAUUACAUCUGAACCCUUGGGAAACAACUGUUUUGCUCUGCGACUUGUUGUAAGCAAUGUAGUGAAGACUGAUGCCGGAUUGUAUAAGAUUGUCGCUCGCAACCGAGCCGGUGAAGUCUCGGCAAGUGUCAGCUUGAAACUGGAUAAGCCACAGGAACUUAUAAGGAGCAUCGACGGCAUCGCACCCACCUUUGCUCAAAAACCCAGCAUCAAACAAGAGGAUGAUGGUAACCGGUUGUUAUUUGAGUGUCGUGUUUUGGCGGACCCGACACCCACUUUCACCUGGUUCCAUGAUGAUAAACCUGUUAACCAAGGCGGUCGCUUUAAUAUUGUCGUUGAACCUGAUGGCAACUCCUAUUUUGUUGUUUUGGAAAUUGAUGACGUUGGCGUGGAAGAUGCGGGCAAAUAUCGUGUUACUGCCAAAAACUCAGUGGGAGAGAACAGCGCCAACAUUAGCUUAAAUUUUGACAGCGAUGAACCACCCGAAGAAGACAAAUCCAAAGGUAUACGUCCUAGUUUCACCCAGAAACCCGUUAUUCGGCAGUCUGAUGACUUCAACAAAAUCAUUUUCGACUGCAAACUGCGUGCCCAGCCGAAGCCGACAAUUUCGUGGUUUCAAGGCACCCGGCCACUGCAGCCGAGUGCCAAGUAUGAAAUGUUUUUGACCGGCGGUGAAGAUAACAACUACGGAUGCCGAUUAGAAAUUGCCGGCGCGGAAGUCGGAGACGGAGGAGAAUACAAGGUCGUGGCUAAAAAUGAUGCAGGAGAAGGGCAAGCGACGAUUAAUCUAUCCUUCGCUAACCCUGACGACGAACCGGAAACGAAAUCAACCGGCGGCACACCGAAAUUUACAAGCAAGCCGGUGAUUCGCCAAGAAGGCACGACACUUAUUAUGGAAUGUAAUUUGUCAGCUGAACCCAAGCCAGACAUCACCUGGUUCCAGGCCGACAAGAGAAUUAUCCCUGACCAACGGCACAGAAUUUUGCUCAACCCUGAAGGAGAAAAUACUUACAAAGUCGUCCUAAUUAUAUCGGAUCCCCAACAAUCGGAUGCUGGACAAUACCGGUGCAAUGCGAAGAACAAAAAUGGUGAAAGUAAUGCCAACAUAGCUCUAAAUUUUGGCGGUCAAGCUGAAGAGACAGCAGAUGGAAAGUUCACCCCCAAAUUCACGGAGAAACCGGAAAUCUUACCUGGAAGAGAUGGCUCCUAUGUGUUAUUGCGCGUUCGAGUAAAAGCCAAUCCUCAACCAACUGUUGUGUGGUACCUCAACAGCCAGUUAGUACCAUCCGAUGAACGUAGAAUGCCUAAUGUGGAAAGCGAUGGAGAUGAUAAAUACACCAUUACUCUUGAAAUUCAGGAACCGGAUUACCGUGAUGGCGGAACCUAUAAAUGCACUAUCAAGAACGAAAAGGGCGAAAUUAACGCCAACCUCAACUUAAACAUUGAAGCUCCACCAGAUGAGGAAGAAGAAGGACUCUUUGCGCCCACAUUUGUCGGGAAGCCCAAGAUUAUUCCCGAUCCGAGCGGCACCAAAGUCACGAUGGAGGUCAAGGUGCGAGCGGAACCAGAACCUAAGUACAAAUGGAAACGCGAUGAAACCGCAGUAACCCGAUCAUCGCGGCAUACUUUCCAUGAUAGCAUGGAGCAAGAUGUAUUUGUCCACCGUCUGGUUAUCGAGAAUCCAUCUAAGAAAGACGCUGGAUUGUACACGUGCACAGUAACGAACACCGUUGGCGAAGUCAAUGCCAAACUGACCCUUAACAUCGAAGGAGACGACGAACCAGCUGGCGAAGCGCCAAAGUUCAUCCAGCAGCCCAAAAUCACCACCAGCGGAGAACGUGUUUUGGUUGAUUUUAUUGUGCAGUCGGAUGCGAAACCAAAUGUCUCGUGGACAUACAAAGGAGAAGAAGUACGAAGCAGCAGCAAUGUCAUCAUUAAGACCGAGACCCUGAAGCAGCAGCAGUACAAAGGCACGCUGGAAAUUGUCAAGAUAACACCCGCUCUAGGUGGGCAGUAUCAAGUCCAGGUUUCCAAUGAGUCUGGAAAGAUUCAAGGAAACGUCAACCUGAAUGUGCAGCCGCCCAAGGAUCUGGCGCUUGAUAAGCCGGUUGUCAAGAAAUCUUCCAAAAAACAGACCGUUGUCAUCCAGUCCACUGUCACAGCUGCUGGCCAACCGGAUGUGACGUGGUAUAAGGGCACGCAGGCCAUUUCCGCCAGAGGACGAUAUUCUAGUCGCAUUGAGAAGAGCCGCGUCGACGAAACCAGCUAUAAUGUGUUUCUGGAAAUUUCCGAAAUUACUGAGCAGGAUGUAGGGGAAUACAAGGUGACGGCCAAACAUGACCGUAAAGAAGUCACCGAAACCGUUCGCUGCACUGCUGAAGAUGUCAAACAAGCGAAACAGGAGAAAAAAGAAGAAGAAAAGAUGGAUGUAGAGGAAGACGAGGCAAUGGAAGUCGACGACACUCCUGCUCCCCAGAAAAAGCGUCCUGCUGAGGAAAACAAGGAGUCAGCCAAAAAGAAGGAAGUAGAGGAAGAAAAGAAAGCUGCUGACAAAAAGCGCUCACCCGAUACCUCAGAAAGCGGGCCAGCCAAGAAGAAGACAGAAGAGAAGCCAGACGCAAAAAAACCCGCUGAGCCGGAAGCCAAGCGCAAGGCGGAAGAGGAAAAAGCGGCUCCAGGCAAGCCGGGUGCAAAACCGGUGGAAGAAGCUGCUAAGCCUCGAGGACGAGACGAACCGGCCGCUAAGAAAACGGCCGUUGAGGAAAAGAAGGGCGUAGAAAGUAAAACCACGAAAGAAGCCUCUCCCGCAGAAUUCCCUGCACGCGACACACCACCAGUUAGUGCACGUCGCAGUCCUGCGGCGUCCCCACCACGGCAUGUAGCCACCCGGCGUACAUCGGGUGGCUUUCAGUUUUUACCUUCACCUCCACCAAGCGAACCGCAAGUUGUUAAGCCCGUUGCACGUCGCACUUCUGGAGCGUUUCAGUUCGAAGAGUCUCCACCGAAAGAGGUGGGCAAACCGAAAGCAAAAGCCGCUUCUCCACCGCUGGCUGCAGCGGCGAAGCCGGCUGGCACGAAACCGUCUGAGCCUGCACGUAAGACAGACGAAACCAAAGUUACUGAAUCUGCACGAAAAUCUGAAGAACAAAAAUACGGUGCGACCGCUGUGUCUGCACGCGGAACCGAAGAAAUAUCUGCUCGUGCACAGCGUGAGCCUGAAAAGGUCAGCAUGCGACAGCGUGAUGAGUCGCCGUCUCCACUUGGUCGACGUGGACUUGACAAACGUGUGACCCCACCCAAAAGUACGGAACGGGUGUGGGUAGAUGUCGAAGACGAGCCUGCGCGAAAAGCGUCUGACCAGGCAGUGUCUAGUAAAGCGGUGGAAGCAGAGCCCACUUAUCUUGCACGAAGCAAACCAACUGAAACGACUGCACGCGAGAGACCGUCUGACACCGUUGCACGUGAUGCCCCUAAAGAACGCCCGGCAGCGCAACCCAGUCCGUCUGGGCGUGCUGAGGCCAAGCGGGAAGCAUCGCCUCCGUCUUCGGCUCCACCCACCAAGCAUGCCCCUACCACUGCAACGACGGUUACUGACGAUACGAACAAAGUGCCAGUUGCAGCUCCCCGCUCGACUGAGAAGCAACCAGCACGGUCUGAGCCUGCAAGCGCCGAUAAACCACGCGAACAAUCUAGUCAGAGCGCUAAAAGGGCAGACGAGGGUCAGCCUGCACCAGGUCGACCGCAUGAUACUGAACCCACUGCUCCUACACCCAGCAAAACACCUGCUACUAAAGUACCUGAUUCAUCCCGUGCUGCUCCUACAGAAUCGGUGCCUUCCCUACCUGCUAGUAGAAAACCGUCCGAAUCCUUUCCCCCCUCAGAACCAGCUAGCCGAAAGCCUUCGGAAACCCCGACAGCCACACCCAGAGGUUCUGUUAAGCCCACACCCGAACCCGCUUCCACGAAACCUGCAUCAAAACCCGAAACACCCGUAGCCGGAAAAGCAACUCCGGCUGCUGCAGAACCCACCGGGAAGACCCCUGAACCUGCUAGUAAAACGGCCGCUCCUUCCAAGCCAGAAACCGCGAAAGCGCCGGAACCGGCUAAGCCUGCAGCUGGCACCGCUAAGGAGCCGGUUGCUCCCAAGGAGGCCGCGAAACCGGGUGCUCCGGCACAGAAAAGCGCUGCUGCUGAAAAGGCUCCUACAGAAACUACGGUUGCAGGUAAGCCGACUGGAAAAGAAGCGCCUGUAGCGGCCAAGCCGGGUGAAAAGCCGCCGGCGGCUGCAAAGCCCGGUGAGAAGCCAGCUGAAGCGAAAACAGCGGCUGCCAAGCCGGGAGAAACAAAGCCAGCGGAAGCCGGAAAAGCCGCAGAAAAGCCUGGUGACUUAGCCGCACCCAAGCCGGCUCAACCCAAACGAAGCAUCCCGGCUAAGCCGGAACCGGAGAAGAUGGAAGCCUAUCCGACUCUCAAACCGAUCACGAAGGAUGCUAAAGCUGCUGCUGCCGAAGCCGAAGGCACUAAACUGGCGGAAACUCGCAAGCCUUCCGCUACACCACCGGGAAAACCGGGCACUGCUAAAAAGCCAGAGGAGGCCAAACCAGCCACGUCUAAAGACCUUAAAGAACCAAAGGCAGCCACUCCUCGCUUGUCGGUUUCAGAAGCCCCGGGACCGGAACUAAAGCCACCAUACUUUUCUGCAAGAAUCAAGCCCCAGUCUGUGAAAGACGGAGCGCCGGCUGAAUUUACCUGCAAAGUUAAGGGAAACCCGACACCUACCGUCACGUGGUAUAAAGAUGAUAAAGCGGUGGAACCCAGCCAGGAUUUCAUUAUCACAUUUGACGGAACCACAGCGACUUUUAAAAUUGCGGAUUGUCUUCCGGAAGACACCGGGAAAAUAUCUUGCGUUAUUAAGAACGAACAUGGCGAAGAAAGCUGUUCGGCGUUGCUCACGGUCAAAGGAGAAGACAAAAAGCCUGCUACAUCGAAAAAGGAAGAAGCUCCAAAACUGAAGAAGGUCUCGUUGCAAGCUGAAAGCGAGGACGAAGUCUCAGUUAGCGAAAGCGCUAAGCCCAAAGGGGCGGCGCCUCGUAAGAGCUCGGUAGGACUUCGGCGAGAUUCGGCUGAUCAGUCUAUUCAAGAGGAAUUCGGUCCUGGUAUUCUGAAAAAGCGUGAUCUACGUCCCAGUGUGGUGGUAGAAUCACCGGAAACAUCCCGGCGAUCGUCCAGUGUCGCUCCCAACGUCACGUUCUUAGUGUCGGAGCCACCAGCGGGCGCCUCGAAGUUACGCCCUGGAGAGGUUGCAGAUAAACGCCGUCGUUCGAGUGUGGACAUGCGCCGGCAGAGCGUGAUGGAAAAAGUGGAUGUGGUAUCUACCCCACUGAAACCUGUUGGUGCUCCAGGAAGUCCGGCUGUCCUUAUCGAUGCACCACCAAAUGUGCAGUCGCAGGAAGAUGCAACGGCUUUCUUCGCCGUGACCGUGGAGGGCAAUCCGGCACCGGAAGUGCACUGGUUCCGUGGUAUUCGUGAAAUAGUCAACGAAGGCCGCUGUAUGGUCAAAACAGACGGUACAACCAACCAGGCUUUGCUGUUCAUCAAGAAAGCCCGCCAUACGGAUGAAGGAAAAUACCGAAUUGUUGCCAGUAACGAGCACGGCACGGAUGAAGCAGAAAUCCAGCUUUUCGUCAGCGUGGGUGGCGAAGGUGCAAUGGAUUUUCGUGCCAUGUUGUUGCAUCGAAAAUAUGCUAAAUGGGGCAUCGAAGAAGAAGAUCCUAACUGGGGUGAUCUGAAACAUCUUGAACAAGAAAAACCUCAAUUAAAGAAACGCGAAGGCAAAAAGGAUGGUUUCAUGAAAGAGUUGGCCGACAUGCAUUUGAAGGAGGGAAAGGAUAAACUAGCGCACAUGGAGUGUGUGUACAGUAAACCGAAUCAGAAGCCGAAGUGGACCAAAGGACCUAAAGAGGAAAUCUUUCAUGGUUUAAAGUUUCGGCUAGUUAAUGAUAAAGACACUCACAUCCUGGAAAUUAAGGAUCCGAAAGCCGAUGAUAGUGGAGUGUACAUGUGCACCAUUGGAGAAUCUGUCACCAAGUGCUUCUUACAAGUCGAUGAACCCGACCCCGUCAUCGAAUUCGUGCAAAAACUUCCAAAGGAAUUACAUCAGGAUAAAUUCAAGGAUGCUGAAAUGACGUGUAAAAUAUCUGUUCCCAAGGUUGCAGUGAAAUGGACAAAAAAUGGCCAGCCAAUUGAAAGAGGAGACAAAUAUGAUAUACAAAAGGAUGGGAUUGGUCGGUGCAUUUUGAAAAUCAAGAAGCUCACGGAAGCUGAUACGGGCGAAUACAUCUGCCGAUAUGACGACAAAAUCUUCACAAAGUGUAACUUUGUGGUAGACCAGCCGCUGUAUAAAUUUAACAAACCGUUGAAGAGUAUAAAGGUCACGGAAAAAAGUGACGCAACUCUUGAGUGCGAGGUGGAUGAUGCAAACGCUGAAGUUAAGUGGCUGAAGAAAGGCAAAAUUCUCAAGCCUGACGAUCGCCACGAAUUUGUUGUCGAUGGGAAGAAGCGAAAACUUAUUAUUAAGAACUCCAUGUUGGAUGACGAGGACGAUUACGAGUGCAAGACAAAUUCUGAUAGCACCAACGCGGAAGUGAUCGUGGAGCCUUUCAAUAAAAUUAUUAAAGGCCUAAAAGAUGCCAGCAUGUUGACAAAAGAAACAAUAAACUUUGAAGUUGAAUUCAAAGAUCCUAAAGCUCCGGUUGAAUGGUUCAAAGAUGGAGAACCGCUUGCUGCCGGCGGUCGUCAUGAUAUUAAGGGCACCCGCGGCAUGCAUAAUCUGAUUAUCAAAGAUCUCAAGUUAGAGGAUGCAGGAAAAUACGAAGCGCGGUGCGGAGCGCUGAUCACAUCGUGCAAAUUAAAAGUGGAAGAAGGUGAAACUGCUCCCAAAAUCAGCAUCGGAAGAACCAAAGUACAAGGUCAAGUCGGGAAGCCACUUGAGAUCAAAAUUCCGUAUAAAAUAGGCGGUGUGAAGCCGAGCAAACCCGGGUUUCACUUACUGCGUAACGGCAAGCCUGUACCGGCCAAAGAUCUUGAUGUCGUUAUUGACGAUGGGGAAGUAAAGGUCAAGCUUAAGUCACCUCAAAGAGGGGAUGAAGGCGAGUACACCAUGAAACUGCUGAACGCAGCUGGUUCGGAUGAAGUUCCCUUGGACAUUCAAAUCCACGAUGUACCUCUUCCGCCGGAAAAUCUGACAAUCGACAACAUUACAGCCGAAAGCUGCGAUUUAGGAUGGCAACCACCGAAGGACGAUGGCGGUUCACCGGUUACCGGUUACGCCAUUGAAGUACAGGAAGGAAAGAAUGGCCCAUGGAAGAAAAUUGCUCAAGUUCCAGGAAAUCAACACAAGUUCAAGGUUCCUGAUCUGGAGAAUAAAAAAGAAUAUAAAUUCCGAAUCCGUGCUCUGAAUGACAUUGGACAAUCGGAGCCCCUAACAGCAUUAAAGAGUAUUAUCGCUAAAAACCCGUAUGACGAGCCCGGUGAACCGGGGAAGCCGGAAGUGGAAGAUUGGGACGUUAAUCGUGUGGACAUCAAAUGGUCGCCGCCCACGAAUGAUGGUGGAGCGCCAAUCGAAAAGUACAUUGUGGAAAUGAAGGAUAAGUUUUCGGACAAAUGGAUUCCGGCCAAGGAGGUGCCUGCUGGGACGAAUAAAGCCUCUAUUGACGGCUUGAAGGAAGGUGGUCAGUAUGAGUUCCGCGUGCGAGCCGUCAACAAAGCCGGCCCGGGCAAUCCAAGUCCGCCAACCAAGCCGGUCAUUGCUAAGGCCCGCUACGUUAAACCGUCGAUCAUGGUGGAAGAUUUGGGUAGCGUGGUAGUCAAGGCUGGAUCCGUCAUCCGCUUCGAUGUGCGUGUAAAUGGUGAACCUUUCCCGGAAAUUAUUUGGUCGGCCAUGGGCAAACCCCUAAAAGAUAACAAACGGGCGACUAUUGAAAUUAGCGAACAAAAUAAAAAGACCCUGAUCAGCAUUAAAGCCGCUGAAAGGGCCGAUACCGGAAAAUACACGCUUACCGUGAAAAAUAGUUCAGGAGAAAUGUCUGCCGUCGGAGAAGUCGUUGUACUUGACAAGCCAUCUAGACCACAAGGGCCACUGGAAGUGCAUGAGGUCACUAAAGACUCUGCGAAACUGAAAUUUAAAAAGCCGGAAGAUGAUGGCGGUCAAGAUAUUACCCAUUACGAAUUUGAGAAACAAGAAGCAGGAACCGGAAACUGGAUACCAUGUGGUCGCACAAAGGACGCCCACGAGCCCCUGGAGUUCAAAGUGGAGGGUCUUACGCCAAACAAGAAAUAUCUCUUCCGGGUCAAGGCCGCCAAUAAGGAAGGUCUUAGUGAUCCUUUGGAAACAACAACUCCAAUUCUGGCGAAGAAUCCAUUUGAUGAGCCAGGCAAACCGGGUACUCCAAAGGUCACCGACUGGGACAAAGAUCGUGUCGAUCUUGAAUGGACCGCUCCGCUUAAAGAUGGCGGUGCGCCUAUUGAAAAAUACAUCAUCGAAAAACGUCCAAAGAAAUCCAAAGACUGGGAAAAGGCUAUUGAAGUGCCAGCCGACCAGUUGAAAGCGAGUGUGCCUGACCUGAAAGAGAAAGAAGAAUAUGAAUUCCGAGUCCGUGCUGUGAACAAAGCUGGUCCUGGUGAGCCUAGUGAUCCUACUAAACCUGUGUUGGUCAAGACUCGAUUCCUGAAACCAAGAAUCAUCCGUGAUAAAUUGAUCACCACCACUAUCAAAGUGGGUCAAGCGUUUUCCUUUGAUGUGGAAAUCAUUGGUGAGCCCGCCCCCACCACCGUGUGGGAACUCUUGGGGAAGGAACUGACCAGUGAUGCCAACCGCACUGUUGAGCAUAAAGAAUACAAAUCACAUAUCAGUGUCAAGAAAGCGACAAGGGCCGAUGCAGGGAAAUAUCGCAUCACGGCUGACAAUUCCAGUGGUCACGAUGAAGCGGAAGUGGAGGUGUGUGUUCUGGGUAGACCAUCGCGUCCAGAAGGACCGAUUCAGAUUGCCGAAACCACCGACAAGAGCAUCAAGAUGAAAUGGAAGCCACCGAAAGAUGACGGUGGAAUGCCGGUCGAUCAUUAUCUGAUUGAGAAGCAAGAUCCGAAAACCGGGCAGUGGCUACCGGCCGGAAAAGUUCCCGGUGAUCAGACUGAAUUUACUGCGGAUGGUCUGACACCAAAACAGAAGUACAACUUCCGUGUCAAAGCGGUCAAUAAGGAGGGAGAAUCGGAGCCGCUAGUGACCGAAACGCCUGUAAUUGCGAAAUAUCCUUUCGACGAGCCAGGAAAACCCGGAACACCCCAGGUGACCGAUUACGAUAAAGAUCGCGUGGAUCUGAAAUGGACCCCGCCAGACAAGGAUGGAGGAUCGCCGAUUGAAAAGUAUAUUAUCGAGAAGAAACCAAAGGGCAGCAAGGACUGGGAAAAAGCCAUGGAAGUUCCUGGCGAUAAGACCGCUGCUUCAGUAACCGGUCUACCUGAACGUCAGGAAUUCGAGUUCCGCGUGGUGGCUGUCAACAAAGCCGGACCGGGCGAACCCAGUGAUCCCACCAAGCCUAUCAUCACAAAACCAAAGCACUUGAAACCGCGCAUCGACAAGAGGAACCUGAAACCCAUCACCAUUAAAGCUGGACAGCCGUUUGCCUUUGAUGUUGAUAUUCAAGGUGAACCUCCUCCAGAAAAGGUCUGGACACUGGCACCGGCGAAGAAGGGUGUCCCACCGGGAGAAGUGAAGAAUGGUGGAAAGGUCAAACUGGUCAAUGAGGAUUAUAACACUAAAUUAGAUGUCAAACGGGCGGAACGGUCCGAUGCCGGAACCUAUACCAUCACCGCGACUAACGAAAGUGGUCAAGACCAGGCGACCGUAGAGGUUGUCGUACUGGACAAACCCCUAAUGCCCGGAGGUCCUUUGGAAGUGUUGGAUGUACACGCCGAGCACUGUAAUCUGAAAUGGAACCCACCGGAAGACGAUGGCGGGGCCCCUAUCGACCAUUAUGACGUGGAAAAGUUUGAUGUGGCCCAGGGCCGCUGGGUGCCAGUGGGCAAGACCACGAAACCGGAAAUCGCUGUGGAAGGCCUGGAACCUGGUCAUCAGUACAAGUUCCGAGUAAAGGCCGUUAACAGCGAGGGUCCUUCCGAAGAGUUGAUGACGGAUAAGCCAACUUUGGCGAAAAAUCCUUAUGAUCCUCCUGGUGCUUGCGGAAAACCUGAGCUUACGGACUGGGAUAAGGAUCACGUGGACCUGAAAUGGACUGCACCGACUAACGAUGGCGGUGCGCCCAUUGAGAAGUACAUCAUUGAGAAAAAGGAUAAGAAUGGAGAAUGGGAAAAGGCUGUGGAGGUCCCAGCAGAUAAACUAAACGCCACUGUUCCGGGUUUGACUGAGGGAAAAGAAUACCAGUUCCGAGUUAAAGCCGUUAAUAAAGGUGGCCCAGGCACCCCUAGCGAGGCUACUGCUCCCAUUAUUGCGAAGCCGCGCAGAUUGGCCCCGAGAAUUGACAGGAAAAAUUUGGAAACUCUAAAGGUGAAAGCCGGACAGCCGAUUGACUUUGAUGUCAAUGUGAUCGGUGAGCCGCCUCCAACCACCGUAUGGAAGUUGAAGAAUAAGGAACUGAAAAGCGACGAUGGUGUCAAGAUUGACAACAAGGAUUAUAACACCCACUUGAUCAUUAAGCAAUCGAAACGUUCGGACACCGGAAUCUACACGUUGGUGGCGACCAAUGAGCACGGUAAAGACGAGGCCCAAGUGGAAGUGGUGGUACUGUCUGCUCCGGCCUCACCGGAAGGACCGUUGAAGGUGGCUGACGUGAGGAAAGACGGGUGCACGUUGUCAUGGAACAAACCGGAAGAUGACGGCGGCAGCGAUAUUUCUCACUAUGCUGUGGAAAAGAUGGAUGUCGCCACCGGCCGAUGGGUGCCGUGCGGAGAAACGGAUGGGACGGAAUUCAAAGUGGACGGCUUGCAGCCGGAUCAUCAAUAUAAAUUCCGCGUCAAGGCUGUAAACAAGCAAGGAGAGUCCGAACCGCUAACUUUAGAAAAGCCGAUUACUGCCAAAGAUCCUUGGGUCGCACCGGAUCCUCCCGGAAAAGUGGAGAUUGCCGACUACGAUAAAGACCAUGUGGACUUGAAAUGGCAACCUCCCGUGAGUGAUGGCGGUGCUCCAGUGGAGAAGUAUGUGAUUGAGAAAAAAGAUAAAUCGGGUAACUGGCUACCCGCCGCGGAAGUGCCUGGAGACCAGACCACCGGUACCGUUCCUAACCUGAUUGACGGGCAGACCUACGAAUUCCGAGUGAAAGCCGUUAACAAGGCCGGGCCGAGUGCCCCAUCGGUGGCUACACAGCCAUUCCGAGUGCGACACAAGCAUCUGGCACCGCAAAUCGAUAAAAGCGCUUUGCGAGAAAUCAAAAUUAAAGCCGGUCAGCCAUUUAAUUUCGACGUACCGGUCAUUGGCGAGGAGCCUCCUAAGAAGACGUGGACACUGGAGGGUGAAGCGCUAAAUUUGGAUAAGGACCGAGUGGUCACCAAUGAGGAAUACAAAACCAAACUGGAUGUUAAGGCCGCUGAACGAAAAGAUUCGGGAAUGUAUACCUUAACCGCCACCAAUAGCUCGGGUACAGAUACAGCGACCGUAAAGGUCAUUGUGCUGGAUAAACCCACUUCCCCCCGAGGUCCUCUUGAUGUUACCAAUGUCACAAAGGACGGUUGUCAUUUGAGCUGGAAGACUCCCGAAGAUGACGGUGGGCAGGAUAUUUCCCAUUAUGUUGUAGAAAAACAGGACCAGGAAACCGGAUUAUGGGAACCUGUAGCGGAAGUGAAUGGUACACAAGCCGACGUGACCAAACUGACGCCGGGUCAUGAAUACAAAUUCCGCGUAAAGGCCGUCAACCGACAGGGUGAAUCUGCACCAUUGGUGACCAAAGUGCCCAUUGAAGCCAAGAAUCCGUUUGAUGAGCCAGGAAAGACAGGCACUCCGGAAGUGACCGAUUGGGCCAAGGAUCACGUGGACCUGAAAUGGGACGCGCCCCGCAGCGAUGGUGGUUCCCCGGUGGAAAAAUACAUUAUUGAGAAACGAAAAAAGAACUCGCCAUUCUGGGAGACGGCUGCAGAAGUGCCUGGCGAUAAGACAGAAGGCACUGCCGGUGGUUUGAAGGAAGGUGACGAGUAUGAGUUCCGAGUGACCGCGGUCAACAAAGCCGGUCCUGGUGAACCGAGUGACCCAAGCCGCAUGGUCAAAUGCAAGCCGAGGAACCUCGCACCGACCCUUGACAUGAGUGCUCUGAAAGACAUUAAAGUGAAAGCCGGUCAGCCCAUUCGUUUCAAAGUGCCGAUUAGUGGUGAGCCGACACCGACAUCAACAUGGACAAUUAACGGAAAGCCACUGUCUAAGGAUGAACGCGUCGAAGAAGAGAAGAAGGAAGAUUAUGUCAUCCUGGAAAUCAAAAACGCUAAGCGGGCUGAUAAAGGAAAGUACACGCUCAAUCUGGAAAAUGUCAAUGGUACAAAGUCCGGCACGGCAAACGUAGAGGUUAUGGACAAACCAGAACCACCGCAGGGGCCUCUGAAUGCCAGUGACAUUCAUAAGGACGGUUGCACACUAACAUGGAAAGCUCCGGAAGAUGAUGGUGGCUCGGAAAUUAUCAAAUAUGUCGUGGAAAAAAUGGACACAUCCCGUGGAACAUGGGUGGAUGCCGGCGAGUCGCCAGAUUGCAAGAUCAAAGUGAACAAACUGACACCAAACAAAGAGUACGCCUUCCGCGUGAAAGCCGUGAAUGCACAAGGGGAAUCCAUCCCUCUGGAAAUAACAAAGCCUAUUAUAGCCAAAAAUCCAUUCGACGCUCCAGAUGCUCCCGGUGAGCCACAGGUUACUGAUUUCGGGCCAAAUCACGUUGACCUUUCGUGGGCCGCUCCGGAAAGCGACGGUGGCGCUCCCAUUCAGAAGUACAUCAUCGAAAAGAAACCGAAGUACAGUCCUGUUUGGGAAAAAGCCGCUGAAGUUUUGGGAGGAAAAACAUCGGGCACCGUUCCCAAUCUCACAGAAGGGGAAGAAUACGAGUUCCGAGUGAUCGCGGUUAACGAGGGUGGUGAAAGUGAACCCAGCCUAGCGUCGAAACCGGUUGUCGCUAAACACCGCCGCUUACCGCCUAAGAUCAAGAGUAACCUGCGCGAUCUGAAGGUUAAAGCUGGUCAGCCGCUCAAUGUGGAAGUUGAGUUUGUUGGAGCACCGGCACCGGAAGUUGUUUGGAAGAACGGUGACAAGGUUAUUGUCCCCGACAAACAGCACGUUUUCAUCACAAACGACGAAGGACGAACGAAGAUCUCGAUUCCUUUAACUGAACGGCUGGAUAGCGGCCCGUGGAAAUUACAACUGAAAAAUGAGUUUGGAACAGAUGAGGGCACGUUCAACGUGACGGUAAUGGAUAAACCCAAGCCACCAACUGGACCGUUAGAGGUUUCCGACAUCACCAAAGACAGUUGCAAACUGAAAUGGAAGCCACCGACCGAUGAUGGUGGUGUGCCGCUUAACGGCUAUGUCGUGGAAAAGCGUGACACGAAGCGAGGCACCUGGGUGCCAGUUUCGACACUGUGCGCGGGAACGGAAAUUCGUGUUCCGAAACUGAAAGAAGGCGAAGAAUACGAAUUCCGUGUAAUGGCUGAAAAUCCUAUGGGCACAUCAGAGCCUCUUAUGACUACAAAACCCAUUGUGGCGAAAGAUCCUUACUCGCCACCUGGAUCGCCGGGUCAGCCGGAAGCCGUGGAGACAGACCGCGAUCAUAUCACUAUUCAGUGGACACCACCAGAUGACAACGGUGGAUCUCCGAUUUCUGGUUAUGAUGUAGAACGAAAAGACGAGAAAGGCCGCUGGGUCAAGGUCAACCGUGAACCGGUAAAAGGAACUGAAUUUACCGACGAUACGGUGCAGCCCAAUAAGACUUACGAAUAUCGAGUCACUGCGAAGAAUACAGCUGGUCCCGGAAAGCCCAGCGAAGUAUCCAAACCAAUUAAGGCCAAGCCGAUGAAGGAGGCACCAAAGAUUCAUUUGGACGGUCUGCUUGGAAAAGACAUUCGUGUCCGCGCAGGAGAGCCGCUCACCAUUGAGGUACCGAUUUCGGGCGCUCCCACGCCUACGUGCACUUGGGAGCGGGAUGGCAAAGCCUUGGUGGAUGGUCGAAACUUGCAGCUGACCAGUGGCGAAGAGUUUGCCAAACUCCAUGUGCCCGUAGCAAAGAAAGAAGAUAAGGGGAAAUACAAGCUCACUGUUUCGAAUCCUUUCGGCAUCGCUGAUGGAACAAUCAAUGUCAUCGUUCUUGACAAGCCCGAUGCGCCAGAGGGUCCACUGGAAUACUCUGAUGUGACUGCAAAUCAGAUUAAACUGUCCUGGAAGAAGCCACUGGAUAACAAUGGUGGUGAAAUUAGUGGCUAUGUGGUGGAAAAAUGUCAAGUCGGCACCGGUGUUUGGGAGAAGGUCGGUAUUAGUCCGACCGAAAAGAUGACCGUAAAGGGUCUGGAAGAAGGAAAGAAAUACCAGUUCCGCGUGAAGGCUGAAAAUGUAUAUGGUGCCAGUGAGCCGCUGGUAGGCUCAUCGGUCACGGCCGAGAAUCCUUUCGGAGCACCGGACGCUCCGUCAGCACCGGAAAUUACCGACACCGCGCCGCAUGCUAUCAGUCUUAAAUGGCAAAAGCCCAAGGACGAUGGUGGCAGUCCCAUACAAGGCUACAUUAUUGAAAAGCGAGAACCGGGUGUCAAAGAUGAAUGGAAGCCGGUCAAUACUAAACCAAUUAUCGGCACCCAGUAUACGGUGCCGAAUUUGGAGGAAGGACAUGGGUACGAAUUCCGAGUGAUAGCUGUCAAUGACGCCGGUCCUGGUAAACCCAGUAAGGCCAGCGAGAUGGCUAUUGCCCAGGAUACUACCCGACCAGAUGCACCGGAUGCGCCAAAAGUGGACAGCAUCACUAAGGAUUCGGUUGGUUUGUCGUGGAAUAAACCAAUUCAUUCAGGAGGGUCACCAAUUACCGGGUACAUUGUGGAAAAGAAAGGUCCAGGAGAUCGAGAUUUUGUCCCCGUCAACAAGACGCCCAUUUCCGAUACUAAAUUCGUUGUGCCGAAUUUGAACGAGGGAGAAGAGUAUCAGUUCCGCGUGAAAGCGGUCAAUGAUGCCGGACCGAGCGACCCGAGCAAACCGGUAGGACCCGUCAAAGUGGAGCCUCAGCCUGAGAAGCCGCACAUUGACAUGGGUAAAAUUAAGGACAUUGUGGUCAAGGCGGGUGAGACCUUUGACAUUCGUGUGCCGUAUCACGGUUACCCACAACCCGUUGCGGAAUGGACCAAGGCGGAUCCUCUCGGCAAUGUUAAAGAUGUAUCUGACUCUGACUCUCGGGUGAUGACCAAGACGACAUCGGAGCAGACCCUGUUGAGUGUCGGUCCAGCAAAACGCAGCGAUACCGGCACAUACAAAUUGACGUUAAAAAAUCGUCUGGGUCAAGACACCGGCUCCGUCCGGGUCACCGUUCUCGAUCGACCGGAUAAACCGGAACGAUUGCGGGCCGAUGAAAUUGAAGCCGACAGUAUUACGUUGAAAUGGAGCCCUCCCAAAGAUGACGGUGGAGAACCCAUUACCAACUACGUUGUGGAAAAACGUGGACCAGAUGGUGUAUGGACGAAGGUCAAUAAUUUCGUUACCGGAACGUCGUGCAAGGUUCGCAAUCUUCAGGAAGGCAAACCAUACGAUUUCCGUGUGUUCGCGGAAAAUGCAAUGGGAAGAAGUGAUCCUUGUGAGACUGAAGAUUCGAUCAAGCCGAAAUCACCGUACGGUAAACCAACCGCUCCAGGUACACCAGCCUGCGUGGAUUCUACACCGGAGUCGAUUUCGCUGCAGUGGUCACGACCACUCAGUGACGGUGGUUCUCCCAUCACCGGUUAUAUUGUGGAAAAACGUGAUGCCCCUGAUGGUAAAUGGGUCAAAGCCCAUGUCGGCCCGGUGACGGAUAACAAGUUCACCGUGACCGGUCUGCAAGAAAACAAACCGUAUGAGUUCCGAGUGUGUGCUGUGAACGAAGCUGGUCCCGGAGAGUACAGUGGUACGAGCGAUGAAAUCUAUGCUCGACCGCCGCCAUCGGCUCCCAAGAUUGACUGGGACAACUUUAAACUACGUGAUAUUACCGUGCGGGAAGGCGAACCUUUCAGAAUCGCCAUUCCCUUCAAGGGCAGUCCAGUGCCAACCCAGUCCUGGACCGUUGGCGGAAAACCGCUGUUGGGUGAUGAUCGGGUGAUCAUUGAAAUGACCGAUGGAAAAAUUGCUCUUCUUCAUAACAAAUCAGCCAAACGCUCUGAUUCUGGGAACUACAGAGUGACCUUAACGAACGACCGCGGUUCCGAUAACGCAGCGUGCACAGUUACUGUUGUGUCGGCUCCAUCGCCACCCAAAGGUCCCUUGGAACCAAUCGAGACAACGCCAGAGUCCAUCAAACUACGAUGGUCUCCACCGGAAGAUGACGGCGGGGCACCGAUUACUAACUAUAUUGUGGAGAAAGCCGAUGCUGGUACUGAUCGCUGGGUAAAGGUGAGCAGUUUUGUACGGUCACCGGAAUACGACGUCCGUGGACUGGAAGAGGGGAAGAAAUACAAGUUCCGCGUUCGAGCGGAAAACAUCCAUGGCAUCAGUGAGCCACUGGAAACCGAGAAAGACAUUACGGCGAAGCAUCCCUUUGAUACACCUGGAGCACCAGGCCGACCGGAUGUCACAGAUGUCGAUUCUGACUCGGUUAGUCUGCAAUGGACCCGUCCCACAACCGAUGGUGGUAGUAAGAUUCUGGGAUACGUAGUCGAGGGUCGGCGGCCAGGUGACCGUAACUGGAAGCCCAUGGGUGACGCGUUGAUUAAAGAUACGAAAACAACGAUUCCCAAUUUAAAUGAAGGAGAUGAAUGGGAGUUCCGAGUAAGGGCCAAGAACUACGCCGGGCUCGGUACACCGAGCGAGGAGACACCAGUGGUCACUGUCAAGCCGAAAGCCACUGUCCCUUCGCCUCCCGGCAUACCGAAUAUCGCCAAAAUUGGUCGCACUUAUGUUGACCUUAAAUGGACCAAGCCGAAAUCAGAUGGAGGUUCCAAGAUUCUCGGAUAUCAGGUGGAGAAACGCGAGAAGGGCAACUAUAUUUGGGUUAAAGCGCAUGACUUUAUGGUGCAAGAUCCGGAAGCCACAAUACUGAACUUGAUAGAAAAUGCCGAAUACGAAUUCCGCGUUUAUGCGAUUAACUCAGCUGGCAGAAGUGAUCCUAGCAUGAACACAAUGCCAGUGAAAGUCAAGGAAGCCACAGAUGGUACAAAGCCCGAAAUUCUUAAGAAGUUUGGCAAUAUCACAACUGCUGUUGGCAAACCAGUGAAACUGACUGUGGAAGCGGUCGGUAAACCACCCGUAAAAGUCAAAUGGUUGAAGAAUGGCAGAGAGAUUAACCCGAGCGGUCGUGUGAAAAUGACUGAGAAGGACGGAGUUUUCACCCUGGACAUUGGUGAAGUCCUGGAUUCCGAUGCCGGAGAGUACACAUGUGAGCUGAGCAACCCCGGUGGCAAGGACACUUGCACCGCUCAGCUGCGCAUUAUCGAACCACCGAAGAUCAUUCGUUAUCCGGAUGAGGUUUCUUUCGAAGAAGGCGAAAGCGCCAAGAUCAAAGUGUUCUUCCAAAGCGAGACCCCAUGUACGGCUCGCGUGUUCCACGGAAAAGAGGAGCUAAAGGAGACCGACCGACUGAAAUGGAAUGUCUUUGAUGACUAUGUGGUGAUUUUGUCCAAAGAAAUGCAGUCGGAUGACAACGGGAAGUACCGUAUCGAAGUCAUCAACGAGAGCGGCUCAGGCGAGGCCUCGUUCCCGAUAAAGGUCACCGGAAAACCGGGUCCGCCAACGGGUCCUUUACGUGUGUCGGAUAUCACCCAACACCAAGCCACCUUAUUCUGGCGCCCACCAGAAAAUGAUGGCGGGUCCAAAAUUCUUAACUAUGUUGUGGAAAGGAAAGAUGUCACACGGGACAACUGGGUGGUGGCCAGCAGUUACGUUAAGGACUGCACCUUCACUGUUCAAGGUUUGGCGGAGAAUGCUGAGUACGAGUUCCGCGUGAGUGCCGUUAACGAGAACGGUCAAGGACCGCCUCUGAAUGGCGACGGACCAAUUGUGGCCAAACUUCCAUUUGACCCUCCGUCGGCUCCUGGCGUACCGAACGUUACGGAGGUUGGUGGCGAUUUCGUGAAUCUUUCAUGGGACAAGCCCCAAUCGGAUGGUGGAGGACGACUCCAGGGUUAUUUUAUUGAAAAACGAGAGAAAGGCUCGGAGAACUGGUUCCGAAUCAAUCCCAAUCCCAGUUUACCGCCCAUGUUCAACGUUGCCAACCUGAUUGAAGAUCGCGAAUAUGAGUUCCGUAUCUUCGCCGUCAAUGCCGCUGGCCUUAGUCCACCAUCCAGCAAUUCAAAGAUAAUUAAAGUCAAAGACCCUAACGCUCCCAUAGCUCCAGAAUUCAUCCGCCCGCUGAAGAAUCAGCUAGCAUCAUCAGGUAAAUCAGUGACUUUGGAAUGCGAAGUGGAAGGCUUCCCUAAACCGGAGAUCACAUGGUAUAAGGGCAGCCGAGAACUGUACGACUCCAAUAAAUACAUGAUGACCGUUCGCGGCAACGUUUACACCUUGACGAUCAGUGACGUGUUUGGUGAAGAUGCCGAUGAAUACUCAUGUCGAGCCGUCAACAAAGGUGGCAGCAAAACGAGUCGAGCGGAUGUUGUGAUCAAGACUGCCCCUAAAAUCCAUCUUCCCAGCCGGUUCGCCGAUGUGGCAUUGUUCGACAAAGGCGAAGACAUUAUCUUGAAGAUCCCUUUCACUGGCUAUCCUCGUCCAACUGCCGUUUGGCGCAGAGAUAACGAACAAAUCGAUAAUGGCGGCCAUUACAGCAUUGAAACACUGGAACGCCAUGCCAUUCUUACUAUCAAAAGCGGCGCACAGGAAGACAAUGGCAACUAUAGACUAAUUGUGAGCAACGAGCUCGGCGAAGACUCCUGUGUCAUCAAGGUGCAGGUCAACGAUAAACCGGAUGCUCCGAGAUUCCCGAUGAUUGAAAAUAUUUGGCACGAUUCCAUUACGCUGUCCUGGAAGCCGCCCCAUUCGGAUGGCGGUAGCCCAAUCACCAACUAUAUCAUUGAGAAGAAAGAGCAUCCUGGAUCAUCCUGGAUUCGGGCCGCCAGCACGCGAUGCUCGUACCAUACUGUGACCAAUCUGAACCCGCUGACCACAUACGAGUUCCGCAUUUUGGCGGAGAAUUUGUACGGCACCAGUGGACCGUCUGAUGCUACUGCACCCGUAACAACAAAAGAAGACGAAAUGAAACGCCGAAGGAGAAAGCGCGCUGAUCUGCAUGACGGAAAGAAAGUUCGUGGCAAAGACGAAGGAAAAGUGUCAGACUACGAUAAAUUCGUUUUUGAUGUCUAUGACAAAUACGCCAAGAAGCCAGUGGACAUAAAACACGACAGCGUUUAUCAGUAUUACGACAUCCUGGAGGAAAUCGGCGUGGGCGCUUUCGGCGUGGUGCACCGGUGUCGUGAAAAAGCCACCGGUAACAUCUUUGCUGCCAAAUUUAUUCCGGUGGAACUGCCCAAUGAAAAGCAGUUGAUUCGCAAGGAAAUUGACAUUAUGAAUCAAUUACACCAUAACAAACUGAUCCAUUUGCACGAUGCCUUUGAGGAUGACGAUGAAAUGGUUCUUAUUUAUGAAUUCAUGUCCGGCGGAGAGCUGUUUGAAAGAAUUACAGCGGAUGAUUAUACCAUGUCGGAAGCGGAAGUGGUCCACUAUAUGCGUCAGAUCUGCGAAGCCGUCAAGCAUAUGCAUGAAAACAACAUUGUUCAUCUGGAUUUGAAGCCGGAGAAUAUCAUGUGCCAAACACGGAAGAGCACCAAUGUUAAGCUAAUUGAUUUCGGCCUGGCGACUAAACUGGACCCUAGUGCCGAAGUGAAGAUCACCACCGGGACGGCAGAAUUCGCUGCGCCAGAAAUUGUCGACCGGGAGCCCGUUGGUUUCUAUACCGACAUGUGGGCAGUUGGUGUUCUGGCCUAUGUUCUUCUGAGCGGUCUAUCGCCGUUUGCCGGUGAGGACGACGUGGAAACUCUCCGUAAUGUGAAAGCAUGCGACUGGGACUUUGAAGACGAGGCAUUCGCCGGCGUCAGCGAAGAAGCCAAAGAUUUCAUUCAGAAAUUAUUGGUGAAAAAGAAAGAGGCUCGUUUAACCGCCGCUGAGUGUUUAAUGCAUCCCUGGUUGAUGGGCAAACCAUUGGAAGGACAGACCAUACCGAGAAGCCGAUUGGUCAAAAUGCGCAACAAAAUGCGCGAACGCUAUGGCGAUUUCUGGGAUAAAUCGGUUCUACCCAUUGGUCAUAUCGCCAAUUACAGUUCACUGCGGAAACUGUAUCCCGACAAACACCGCAUUGCCGAUACUUUCUUUGAUCGCCGCGAAGCUGGACCACGAUUUGUUAUCAAACCGCAGAGCGCUCUGGCCUACGAGGGUCAGAGUACUAAAUUCUACUGUCGUGUUAUUUCGCUGGAGCCGGCAGUGAUUACAUGGUGGCGCGACACGCUAGAACUGCGACAGAGUGUUAAAUAUAUGAAACGCUAUGAUGGCAAUGAUUAUUAUUUGAUUAUUAAUCGCUGCAAAAUCGAGGACAAAGGAGAAUAUAUUGUCAAAGCGGAGAGUGCCUUCGGACGCCGAGAAGAGGUGGUUUUCCUAAACGUUCAACCGCAACCGCACGAAGAGCUGCCCAUGCCGGAAAUUAAUAUUCCGCGCUCCAAGAAAAAUUAUGAUCUCGUUUACGAUCUGCCAGAACAGGAAAGGGAUACAGCACCGAGCUUUAGUUUUGGCUUACGACACCGGACCAUUCAGAGGGGCAUUGGCGUCAAGCUGCUCUGCUGCAUUGACGGCCGACCGCCGCCCACGGUCAAAUGGCUGAAAGAUGGCCGCGAAAUCACCAAGCAGAAUACCAGCUGCAACAUCACCUCCGCGCACGGCGUUUCCACACUGGAGAUCUUCUCCUGCGAAUCGGAGGAUGCCGGCACAUACACGUGUAUGGCGUCGAAUUCCGUCGGCGACAAGGAGACCUCGUGCAAGAUCCUGGUACAGGGUACGUUCAUUGAUGAUCUGGAUUACUUGGGAAGCGGCAAUGCCAUCUACACAUCGAGAGAUCGCAGUUCCGGUGCUCAUGGCGCUCACGGAGCUUCUCCAUCCCGCAAAGCAUCUUACUCUAUGGUCAAUGGGGACAUCGGAUCAAGCAGUGACGACGCCAUCGAGAAGGCUCGCAAACUUCGCAAAGAACUCGAAGGUGAUGUCGUCACGCCGCGCAGUAAGGACUUUUCAUCGGUCGGAUCCGCUCGCGAUACAGCUAAGGCAUCCGCACCAGCGGCACGGGAAACCGCGAAACCAGUUGCGGCAGCCAAGACCGAACCGGAUAACACCGCACCGAAGUUCACUCAGAAGCUGCGCGCUCAAAAGGUCACCGAGGGCGCCUCUCUUCUCUUGGAAGUUAAAGUCACAGCCACUCCCGAACCAAAGGUCGUUUGGACUAAGGAUGGCCAGGCCAUAUCGAAGCUUGACGUCAUCCAAGUAAGCUACAAGAGCGGUGUCGCCAGUCUGGCGAUCGCCGAAACCCUGCCUGAAGAUGCCGGCGAAUACGUGUGUCGCGCCUCGAAUAGCGAAGGCUCCGACGAGACCUCCUGCAUAAUUACCGUGGACGCUGCCCGCGCCAAACCCGCCCCAGUCGAACGCCAGGAAUCCGAAUUGCGGCCACCCGCCGCGGCCUUGAAAGAGCCGGCUGAAGGUGAAUGUGCUCCGGUCUUCACGCGCCAUCUGCAGUCCGCCAACUGCAACGAUGGUGACGCGCUGACUCUGGAGUGUCAGAUCACCGGUCAGCCGGCUGUGGAUGCCGUCUGGCUGCAUAACGACCGGGAAAUUAAACCCAGCGACGACUUCAAGUAUGUCCAUGAGGGUGACGUUUUCAAGCUGCAAAUUGCCGAGAUCUUCCCUGAAGACUUCGGCACCUACACCUGCGAAGCAUUCAACGCCGUGGGCGAGGCGUCCAGCAGCUGCUCCGUCAUUGUCGAAGUGCCCGGUGAAGAAUUUUUGGGUCCCCGCUUUCUGACAUUCCCUCAGUCAAUAACCGUGGAAGAGGGCUCACCAGCGAAAUUCGAAGUGAAAAUCAACAGUGAAACUCCUGUCCGAGUGGAAUGGUGCAAAGUCAAUCAUCUACUGGAGGAAAGCGAUCGUUUCCGAUUCCAAGAGGAUGCCAGCAACGUCUUCCGGCUGGAGAUGCCCACCGUUCUCUUGACCGACGUUGGACUAUACAUGGUCAAAGCCACCAACGAGAAUGGCGAAUCAUCAUGCGUAUUUACGCUCCAUGUCAAGGCAUAAACACCGGAGAAAACACAUGAAACAAGGAAUUUCAAUGAUAAAAUUUUUCGCCUAAUUAUCUGUACAUUGUUGGGGCAGCCGGUCAGUUAACUAAGGAAUCACACAAACAGAUUUGUAUUUGUGACUGUUGUCUGUGAAUUUUGAUGAUUCACUUUGUAUUGCAUGGACACUGUUAAGCAGCGCGCUAUUCUUAUGUUUGAGCUUACUUAGUUUGUCUUAGAAGUGCUUGUUAGUUUUUGCUUUUCAUUAUAACACCACACCGUGGUUGCAGCAACCAUCUACAUUAUUUCGCCGAAUUUUGUAUGGCAAUUUCAAGGUAAAAACUAUUUGAUAUCGAUAU